AAAUGAAUACAGAUUGGUGUUUCGCAAAUAUCUACAGUGCUGGAUGUUUUUUGUUGGGUAUUUUUUUUUUGUAGAAAACCAGAUAAGCUCUGUGGUUCACUGGUGAUCCACAAUUUUAUUGCAAGAUGGAUAUUCUCGAGAACUUCAUAGUUGACCUUUUGAAAAAAGGGAUCAUCACAAACUAUGUUGCUAAGGAGAAAGAUGUUCGUAAUUUUUAUAUGGACGAAUACAGAAGCCAAACUGGGCGUUCCUUCGAUGACUUUUUCAUGGAAUUGUGGUAUUUUUGGUAUGUGAAUCAUCUCACCAGAAAAACAGUGUAUUUCGAUCAACGAUGGGUCAAUUAUUUGAAAAAUCUAGAUGGAAGCAAAGAAGUUCCCCAUGAGGAGAAAAAGUUUGUAGAAACCAACUACGUUACAAAAAGCAAAUGCCUUUUGUGCAAUUUGAAUUUCACGAAUGAAAAUUCUUACGAGAAUCACUUGAAGUGUCAAAACCACCAAGUUCGAAUACAAUACGUCAAGGACAAGAACCAGUUCACAUUCUCAGAAGAAAUAUCUCUGGAUAUCGUUGAAAUCAACAAUGUGAACAAUAAUGGCACGACAUCGCGAUUGGAAAUACAGACCAAAACGAGAGUCAACGUGACCUUGAGCAUUACCAACAACUCAACUACUGUAGCGAGCAUCAAGGACAUAAUCAAGAUCAAUCCCAUGAUCACCGAAUUCAACUUAUUGGAGAAUGUCCAGAGAGGGGUGUUGUUGAUACCUGACACCAGUUUGAUUUUCGAAUUGGAAGGGUAUUUCGAGAACAGCGCCUCUUUUAUUUUCCCGCUGGUCAUUCGUGUUGAAUAUCCUGAAAGUGGACACACUGAACUGAUCCUGAAGGAAAUUCCGAUUGAAGCAGUAUCAGAAUUCUCCGAUUUGAAAGCAGUGGAAAUUUUUACUUUUCAAAAAUCAACAAAAAUUCCAGCUAUUCCAAAAGAGGAAAUGGUAAUUCCAGGAAAAAGACCAGAUUUAUAUCCAUCAUACUACAAAGAAACCCUCAACUUGAUGCCGUUCAAAAUCUCCCAAGGCUUCGAAAACGUCUUGAGAAACCUGAUCAAGAAAUAUCCCAGCUUCACUGAGAGAGGGUUGAAUGUCAGCCAAAAAUUCUUCAACGGAGAAUACUCUGCCUAUCUGCAGAUAUACCCCGGAAUCAACCCGAGCAAUUAUUAUGACACGUUGCGAAAGUUACUGGAUAUAGAGGAGAAUCAGAUGAAACUGGAUAUCAGAGAAUUUGAUACGGUUUCCAAGUUGAAGGCCUUGAAAGGAAACUCAUUGUUCGAACUCAUGGUACCAGGGUUAGCAGAAGCUAGACCGUCUCUCUUAGUCUACGAUUCCAUAUUCCUGAAACUCAACAAAAACGACAAAGAAAAGUACCAAGGAAUUGUUCACAAGGUGUUGGAGCAGUCAGUGCAUCUAGGAUUCAAUCACAGGUUCUCCUCUAAAUUCAUCCCGAACAUGGAAUAUCACAUCGAAUUCGGGUUCAAUAGACGACCGAUAAGAGUUGAGAAACAAGCCCUUUACUUAGCAAACGAUCACAAAAUAAUUCCGUUCUUCUAUCCAGAAAAACCUAUCGAGGAAAGACAGCGUACUCUGAAAAGCCUGAACUUUUUCAAUAAGCAACUUAAUGAUGAACAGCAAUCUGCAGUGAGGAACAUUCUCGCUUGUAAAUCGGAACCCUACAUCAUAUUUGGGCCACCAGGUACUGGUAAAACAGUCACGGUGGUGGAAUCUAUCUUGCAGAUCUGGAAAAAUGAACCGUCAGCUCGUAUGAUGGUAUGUGCCCCUUCUAACGCAGCUGCUAACGAAGUAGCCAGCAGAUUGGUUGAUACGAUUUCACAUAGCGACAUCUUUCGACUCUUGGGAAGCGUGUAUGGCAACAUGAACGAUUCGGUGAUGGCAAAACUGAAACCCAUAGUGAAUGUUCAACCAGACGGCACAUUCUAUUUUCCCUCCAUGGAGGAACUCCUGAAACGGAGGGUGCUGGUAACAACCAUCGUCACAGCAGCACGAAUAGUAAAUGGAGGGGUUCCACAAGAUCACUUCAGUUACGUAUUCAUAGACGAAAGCGGGUACGCCACGGAAACCCAAACUUUGAUCCCGAUUGCCGGGAUAUUAUCGAGUAAGCAAGCCACAGGAAGGAUUGCCGGUCAAGUCAUUUUGGCUGGAGAUCCCAGGCAAUUGGGGCCUCUAGUGCAUUCCAGAUUCGUCAGACAUUGCGGAUAUGGUACUUCGAUGCUGGAGAGAUUGCUGGACACUUGCAAGAUAUACUCCAGAGAGGAAGACCAACCCUACAACGACCGCUACGUCACCAAGCUAGUCAAAAACUACAGAUCGCACAAAACUAUCUUGCAUGUGCCGAACAAACAUUUUUAUCGAAACGAACUCAUAGCUGCCGGAGAUCACUACACGGAACUGUUUGUCGGAUGGGAACAUUUGAAGAACCAAAUGUUCCCGAUGAUGUUCCACCAUGUAGAAGGUCAAGAUACCAGAGAAAAGACAUCUCCCAGUUUCUUCAACGUACAAGAGAUCGAGGAGGUUGUCGGAUAUCUAUCCAAAUUGUUGCAGAGCCGUGUGAAAGGAAUCCAAAUCAACCAGGAUCAUAUCGGAGUAAUUACUCCCUAUAGGAAACAGGCUGAAAAAUUGCGAGCAGCUUGCUCGAAGAAGGGCUGGGGAAAGAUCCUGGUGGGAUCGGUGGAGCAAUUCCAGGGGAAAGAGAAGCUCGUCGUCAUCGUGUCCACGGUCAGAUCGAAAAAUUGCCACAAGUUCGAGGAGAUCGAUAGGGUGUGUCAAUUGGGCUUCCUCAAAAAUCCCAAGCGUUUCAAUGUGGCACUUACUAGGGCCAGAGCUUUGCUGGUGAUAGUCGGCAAUGCGAAUGUAUUGAAAACUGACAAAUAUUGGUCCAGUUUCAUCCAGUACUGCGCAGAAAAUAGUGCCGUUGCAGGAAGAGCCCCAUCAAAUAUUGGCGACAAUGAAGAAUGAGCAGCAUAGAUGGAGAUGGUGUAUAGAAUUUUUCAGGAAGCCAAAGAUUUUUCAGAAAAAAAAAUCAUUCGUACUGAGAGUUCAAUUUUUAUUAUUUUUUUAGUAUUUUAGUAUUAGCUAUGUUAAAUGUACAUUCUACCAGGUUUUUAUUUGUAGAUUGUUUUUAAAUAAAUAUAUUUUUCAUAUUAUUACGAA